AUGGUGGGAUUUGAUGAUAGUGCCAGAGGAGGAGCUGUAUAUAUAAAGGCUGGAGGAGGAAGCUGGCACAGGAGUUCUAAAAUAAGAACUAAGGUGGUCACUAACUGCCAAGAGAAAAUCCAGCAUUGGAAGAAGGUAGAUAAGGACUAUAGUGCCCUUCAAGAAAGACUCAAUACCUUGCCUGAUAAGUUGUCUUAUAAUAUCAUGGUACCAUUUGGUCCCUUUGCCUUCAUGCCAGGAAAACUUGUUCAUACUAAUGAAGUCACUGUUUUACUUGGGGACAAUUGGUUUGCAAAGUGCUCAGCAAAGCAGGCUGUAGGUUUAGUUGAGCAUCGAAAAGAACAUGUUAGAAAGACAAUAGGUGACUUAAAAAAAGUGAUGAAAAAUUUUGAAUCCAGAAUUGAAUUCACAGAAGAUUUGCAGAAAAUGAGUGAUGCUGCAGGUGAUAUUGUUGACAUAAGAGAAGAAAUCAAAAGUAACUUUGAAUUUAAAGCAAAACACCGAGUUGCUCAUAAACCUCAUUCCAAACCCAAAACUUCUGAUAUUUUUGAAGCAGAUUUUACAAAUGAUGUAAAAUCCAAGGAUUUGCUUGCUGAUAAAGAACUGUGGGCUCGACUUGAAGAACUAGAGCGACAAGAAGAAUUGCUGGGUGAACUUGAUAGUAAGCCUGAUGUUGUGAUUGCAAAUGGAGAUGAUUCAACAUCUUCUGAAGAAGAAAAGGAAGAUCAAAACACAAAUGUGAAUGUGAUGCAUCAAGUAACAGACUCUCUUACACCCAGCAGUUGUCAUAAAGAUGUCACAAGUUCAGAACUCCUCAAUGCUCAGGGGACUAGUCAGUUGAACUGUUCAGUGAAUGGUUCUCAUUCUUAUCACAGUAAUGAAGAUGAUGAUGAUAGUGAGGAUGAUGAUGGUGAUAAUGAAAAUGACCAUGAUACUGUAGGAGUUGGAGAUAAUUCUGUACCAACAAUAUAUUUUUCUCAUACUGUUGAACCUAAGAGGGUUAGAAUAAAUACUGGGAAAAAUACCACUUUAAAAUUCAGUGAAAAGAAAGAAGAAGCCAAACGUAAACGAAAGAACAGUACUGGCAGUGGUCAUUCUGCCCAAGAGCUGCCUACGAUUAAGUCGCCUGCUGACAUUUACAGAAUCUUUGUUGAUGUUGUAAAUGGAGAAUAUAUUCCUCGUAAAUCAAUCCUGAAGUCUCGGAGCAGAGAGAACAGUGUGUGUAGUGACACCAGCGAAAGCAGCGCUGCAGAAUUUGAUGAUAGGCGGGGAGUUUUGAGGAGUAUCAGCUGUGAGGAAGCCACCUGCAGUGACACCAGUGAGAGCAUUUUGGAAGAGGAACCACAGCAGGAAAAUCAUCAAAAGAAACUUUUGGCUUUAUCAGGAACACCUGAGGCUUUUUCUGGGACUGUAAUAGAAAAAGAAUUUUUAUCGCCUUCCUUACCGCCACACCCAGCCAUCGCUCAUCCUGUACUACCUACCAUUCCAGAACGAAAAGAAGUUCUGUCAGAAGUAUCAGAAGAAGCUACAAAAAGGGUUUCGAAGUUCAAAGCUGCCAGAUUGCAACAGAAAAACUAGGUCUUGUCUAGAAAAUGGGAGUUUUUAUCCUAAAACCUGGUUGUGCAUUUAUUUGUUUAGAAUACAUAUAGCAAAAUAUGUUACUUGUAGUUUGAAAUAAGGUAUCUUGAAUUAGUUUGGCAGCAAAUUUUUUUACCCUUAUCAGUGGUAUUAAAAGAAAUCAAGGUAAAUGUCUGAACACUUAGAUCCUCAGCUUGUUUUUAUGAACUCUCUAAAUACUGUCAACACUUUUGUCUAAGUUUGCCUUAUGAUGUCAUGGUGGCAUUUGGGGUUAUUUUUCAAAGAAUACUGUUCAUAUGCAUUGUUUUUGUGUUUCAAACUAAAUACAGGCAGUUUUGUACCAGCUGUGAUGUUGUGCAUACCAUAUGGACCAUUUUAAGGAAACUUUGAAAAUUUCAAAUAGAUUCAACAAUUAUAUUACUUGCUUUCACAUUUUAAAGGCACUUUAAAAAAUCUACUUCCUUUGUAGGUUGUGCAGCUAGGCGGCUAUUUAAAAAACCUUUCCCCCUUUGAAUGUCAUGCUGUUAUCUUUAGGGCAGAAAGCUACAUGUAUGUACCCCACGGGAAAGUUUCUUUGAUUGGAGAAAUGAUAUUUUGUAAAACCUUUUUUUUUUUUCCAAGUAAAAAUUUUAUGAAACUUGGUCUCUGAAAUGUUGUGAACUUUAUGAUUCCAAUUGAGUAUGGAAAUAUCUCUGAUUUAUAUACAUGCGACAUAUACCACACAGCCGCUCCACGAGUUCUUACAGUCCCAUACACACUUCUCCCCUCAUGUAUGCAGUUACUGGGACUAUGUUUGCGAGAAGAAGGGUUAUCUAGAUACUGAAAAAUAAAUUUUUAAAAUAAAAAUUUUUAUGUUGUAAUUUUCCCAGCAUUUUCAUUCUUUAAUGCUGCUUUUCUACUUGUAAAUAACUGAAAUAACAUAUUUACUUUGAGAAAAACUUCGUAAAAUAAAGAGAAAUUUAUUCUAACAUUGAAAAUUACACUGCAAGUGUUAAUCAUUAGCUUGAUGCAUGCUAAAAUGUAGCUUUUAAAAAGCAUUCUGCAUUAGUACUAAAAUAAGCCAUCAAUGCCAGUCCACCCUCUAUUCAUGGCUAAAUAUUUAAAGGUUAUUUAUAGCUUCUUUAAUGAA